AUCUGGAGAGAAACCAUCACUUUAACCACGCGUGUAGUUAUCCAAAGACUACUAAAGUCUAAAGUAAUCAAGAAAUUAUAAGGGUCAUUUUAUGCUCGGUUAAAACUCAUUCAAACAGAGAAGAAAAUCUGGUUCGGCAAAUCUUUCCUGAUUAGCUUUAGUAUAAUUACCCCUACAUCGUCAUGCAGAGUAAAAGCUGCAAUCAAGUGGUUCAGCUUGCCACCUCUAUCAUCACUCCAACCUUUUCUCAUCUUCCCAAUGCCUCCAACAUAUUUUCCUCUUCGGUGGGAGAGCACCGGAGAUCAAUGGUGGUAUGCUUCUCCCAUUGAUUGGGCAGCUGCUAAUGGCCACUAUGACUUGGUCCGGGAGCUGCUUCGUAUUGAUAGCAAUCACCUUAUCAAGCUGUCCUCUUUACGACGUAUUCGAAGACUUGAAACAGUCUGGGAUGGUGAAGAGAAGUUCGAUGAUGUUGCCAAGUGCCGUUCUCAGGUUGCAAGAAAGCUUUUUGUCGAGUGUGAAUCCAAGAGAGGGAAAAACUCUCUCAUCCUAGCUGGCUAUGGCGGAUGGCUUGUGUACACUGCUGCCUCCGCAGGAGACUUGGGUUUUGUUCAAGAACUUCUUGAAAGGAAUCCUCUGCUUGUUUUUGGGGAAGGAGAAUAUGGUGUUACUGAUAUGUUUUAUGCGGCAGCCAGGAGUAAGAGUUCUGAGGUUUUCAGGCUCCUUUUGGAUUUUGCAGUCUCCCCCAGGUUUUUAACCGGGAAAGGUGGAGAACUGACGGAGCACGUUGGGGAGAUCCCUUCUGUUUACAAGUGGGAGAUGAUCAACAGGGCUGUUCAUGCUGCUGCUAGGGGAGGAAAUUUGAAUAUUCUCAAGGACCUUCUUGCUGAUUGCUCCGAUAUUUUUUCUUACAGAGAUGUUCAGGGCUCAACUAUCCUACAUGCUGCGGCUGGCAAAGGGCAGGUUGAGGUGGUUAAGUAUCUGAUAGCAUCCUUUGAUAUUAUAAACUCCACUGAUCAUCAGGGCAAUACAGCAUUGCAUGUGGCUGCUUACAGGGGCCAAUUAGCAGCUGUGGAAGCUCUGAUUUCUGCAUCUCCUUCGUCCAUCUCUCUGAAAAACAGUUCUGGAGAAACUUUUCUCCACAGGGCCGUGUCCGGUUUCCAGACAUCUGCUUUUCGAAGGCUAGACCGACAAAUUGAGCUCAUGAAGAAUCUGGUAUGUGGGAAGCUUUUCACCAUGGAGGAUGUCAUCAAUGCCCAAAACAAUGAUGAAAGGACUGCUCUUCACAUGGCCAUCAUCGGGAACGUUCACUCUGACCUUGUGAAACUUCUGAUGACUGCUCGAUCAAUCAAUGUGAAUGUCCGGGAUGUAGAUGGGUUGACCCCACUUGAUUACCUCAGGCAACGGCCACGUUCCGUGUCGUCGGAUGUACUAAUUAGACAGCUAAUUUCAGCUGGGGCAAUAUUUGGCAGUCAGGAUUAUACUGCAAGAAGAGCCAUUGCUUCCCGCAUAAAGAUGCAAGGCAUAGGUGGCAGUCCUGGAACUUUGUUUAGAAUCUCCGACGCAGAAAUAUUCUUACAUACAGGCAUUGAGAAAGCAUUAGAUGCAAAUGCUGAUCAGGGUAGUGUAGCCAUGAGUUCAUCGCCACUGGAACAAAGUCCGGAUACCGCAACCAAUGAGAACAAUAGCUCACAACCUAGCAAGAAACCAGGUUCUGUGAAUACCGCAGCACAAAGAUUGAAAUCUGUGCUUUUAUGGCCCAGGGUGAGAGACAAGAAACCUGAGAGAUUAAAAAAAGAGAGUGAUGCAGGUUCGGUAAAACAACACAAGAAAAGCAACAGUUCGGACGAUACUCCUACUCCACUUCGACUGAGAUUUUCGAAGCCUUCAUCACUUCCGAACAACAAACGGACACUUGCUGUCAGGAGUAACCAAUCAAGUCCAACUGCCAAGAAAAGAUUUGCAUCAGGGCUCGUGCAUGGUGUCAUGCAGGCCAUGCCACAUAUUUCAGUGCCACGCCGCUCCCGUUCCAGCUCAUUUUCAAAAUCAUCACUUUCUUCACCUAAUUCAUCGGAUAAACAGAAAGGCAUUUUAUUUGAAGAAGAUGCGGCAGGACCAUCUUUCUCAAAUCAACCAUUUCAUGAUCAUGGAGCCCCAGAAUUGAUUAAACAAGGCCCCAAUCAUAGGAGAUCUAGGAGCCAGUAUUUCUGUUUCGGUACGUCAGGCGAAUCCGUGAAAGACCCAGUAAGCAGGCAGCAGCAAGGCCAGAGUUUCAAGUGUCCCGUUGUUUCAGUGGUUUGAUGAAUGAUAAGAGGAGAAAAUGCACUAACUUAGAAUAAGAAUCAGAUCAGGCCAGUCCUCUAGCUGGUUCCUGAAGUCCAGAACUUUAUAGCAUUUCCUGCAUUUGUUUCUUUGUAGCACGUUUGCUCGAUGAAUAUGUACUAAUUCUGCAAUCAUUCUUCAAUACUGUCUGCUUUGUCAUGUUUCAUGCUGUAUUGAGAGCUGAUUUGCAGAAUAAAAAAAUGUAUAAUACUAUGUAUUAAGCAUGUAUGCUUUUAUC